AUGAAGAUGCUUUGCCACCCACAUAUCAUCAGGUUAUACCAGGUUAUGGAGACGGAGCGGAUGAUUUAUCUAGUGACAGAGUAUGCUAGUGGAGGGGAAAUAUUUGAUCACUUGGUGGCCCACGGACGUAUGGCGGAGAAGGAAGCCCGGAGAAAGUUCAAGCAAAUAGUGGCCGCUGUCAACUUCUGUCACUGUCGUAAUAUAGUCCACAGAGAUCUGAAGGCAGAAAACCUCCUUCUGGAUGCUAACCUUAACAUCAAAAUAGCAGAUUUUGGGUUCAGUAACAUCUUCACACCUGGUCAGCUGCUUAAAACCUGGUGUGGCAGUCCUCCCUACGCUGCUCCAGAGCUCUUUGAAGGAAAGGAAUACGAUGGGCCAAAGGUCGACAUUUGGAGUCUUGGCGUGGUGCUGUAUGUGCUGGUCUGUGGUGCUCUGCCCUUCGACGGGAGCACGCUGCAGAACCUGCGGGCAAGGGUGCUCAGCGGAAAAUUUCGCAUUCCAUUUUUUAUGUCCACAGAAUGUGAACAUCUGAUCCGCCACAUGCUGGUCCUGGACCCCAGCAAGCGGCUCUCCAUGGAGCAGAUCUGCAAACACAAGUGGAUGAAGCUGGGGGAGGCAGAUGCGGAGUUUGAGAGGCUGAUAGCAGAGUGUCAGCACCUGAAGACGGAGAGGCAGAUGGAGCCGCUGAACGAAGACGUGCUGCUGGCCAUGGCGGACAUGGGGCUGGACAAGGAGCGCACAAUUCAGUCAUUAAGAGCCGAUGCUUAUGAUCACUACAGUGCAAUCUACAGCCUGCUCUGCGACCGCCUGAAGAGACACAAGAAUCUGCGCAUUGCAUCAUCUCCAAGUAUACCACGGACCAUGACCUUCCCCACCUCUGCAAACAUCCAGCAGGCAGAACAGACAGGCAACACCAUGAGCAUCAACGUGCCACAAGUCCAGCUCAUCAACCCUGAGAACCAAAUUGUGGAGACUGACGGAACAAUGAACCUGGACAGUGACGAAGGGGAAGAGCCAUCACCUGAAGCUCUGGUCCGUUACCUCUCCAUGAGAAGGCACACGGUUGGAGUAGCUGACCCGCGGACGGAAGUCAUGGAAGAUCUGCAGAAGCUCCUGCCUGGCUUCCCCCGUGUCACUCCUCAGGCUCCGUUCCUGCAGGUGACCCCAAAUGUGAACUUCAUGCACAAUGUGCUGCCUCGGCAGAACCUGCAGCCCACGGGUCAGCUGGAGUACAAGGAGCAGUCCCUGCUGCAGCCCCCCACCCUGCAGCUGCUCAACGGCAUGGGCCCUCUGGGGCGGCGGGCGUCCGACGGCGGGGCUAACAUCCAGCUGCAUGCACAGCAACUGCUGAAACGGCCUCGCGGUCCAUCCCCGCUCGUCACCAUGACGCCAGCUGUCCCAGCUGUCACCCCUGUGGACGAGGAGAGCUCCGACGGGGAGCCGGAUCAGGAAGCUGUGCAGAGAUACUUGGCAAAUAGGUCAAAAAGGCACACUCUGGCAAUGACCAACCCUACAGCUGAAAUCCCUCCAGACUUGCAGAGGCAGCUAGGACAGCAGUCCUUCCGACCCCGGGCUUGGGCUCCACACCUGGUACCCGAUCAGCACCGUUCUAUUUACAAGGACUCAAAUACUCUGCACCUCCCCACCGAACGUUUCUCCCCGGUUCGGCGCUUCUCUGAUGGUGCUGCCAGCAUCCAGGCUUUCAAAGCCCACCUGGAGAAGAUGGGCAAUAACAGCAGCAUCAAACAGCUUCAGCAGGAGUGCGAGCAGCUUCAGAAGAUGUAUGGUGGGCACAUGGACGAGAGGACGCUGGAGAAGACGCAGCAGCAGCACAUGUUGUACCAGCAGGAGCAGCACCAUCAGAUUCUUCAUCAGCAGAUUCAGGACUGUAUCCGGCCACCCCAACCAUCUCCACCCUUGCAAGCUCCAUGUGAAAACCAGCCAGCUCUGCUCACUCACCAGCUUCAGAGGUUACGGAUUCAGCCAUCCAGCCCGCCCCCGAACCACCCUAACAACCAUCUCUUCAGGCAGCCAAACAGCAGCCCCCCUCCUGUGAGCAGCAGCGUGCUCCAGCCCCACGGUAAGCGCCGGCGGUUUACGGAGCCAUCUGCGCUCCUCCAGGCAGGCCACUUGGCAGAACCCCUGAAUGUGAGCAGGUAUCCCCCCGCCAACUACGACCAGGUGCACUUACACCCCCACCUGUUCCCGGAGCAGCCUCGCGUUUCCCCCAGCAGCUACAGCCCGUCAGGAGGAGUUGGGUAUCCUCCAGCUCAGCAAGCUCUGAAAGUCCCGCAGCUUGACCAGUAUCCCAGUUUCCCUCAAAAUGCACAUCAGCAACAGCAGCACUACACUGCAUCGGCACUACAGCAAGCACUGUUGUCCCCGACACCUCCCGACUACAGCCGACACCAGCAGGUACCGCACAUCCUCCAGGGACUGCUUUCUCCCCGGCACUCGCUCACGGGACACACGGACAUGCGGCUGCCCCAGGCAGAAUUUGCACAGCUCAUCAAACGGCGGCAGCAACAGCAGCAGCAGCAAGAUUUUCAAGAGUUGUUCAGGCAUAUGAGUCAAGGAGAUGCUGGGAAUAUGGGCGCCAGCGUGGGACAGAACCUCUCGGAGCGCCAGUCCUUGUCCUUGCCUUACCAGAGCGCUGACACGUACCACCCCCAGAACAGCCCCCAGCAUCUCUUAAAAAUCAGGGCGCAGGAAUGUAUCCAGCCGGUACCCACGGCAGUGCCGCCGCACGGAUACGUACACCAGCCGGCCCUGUUCCAUUCAGAGAGCAUGGAGGAGGACUGCGCGUGCGAGGGCACCAGGGACAGCUUUCCUGACAGUAAGAGUUCAAACACAUUGACCAAAGGUUGCCACGAGACCCCUCUGCUUGUAAACGCAGGAGGGCACGGGGACCCAGAAUCUUUGCUAGGAACUGCUAACCACGCGCAGGAGCUGGGGACGCAUCAGUACAGACAUCAGCCCGCUGCUGGAUUCAGUAGGAAUAAGGUGCCCAGCAGAGAAUCCAUCGUAGGGAACUGUAUGGACAGGAGUUCCCCUGGCCAAGCGAUGCAGGUACCUGACCACAAUGGGCUGGGCUACCCUGUGCGACCCGCCUCCAGCGAGCACCCACGGCCCCGGACCCUGCAGAGACACCACACCAUCCAGAACAGCGAUGAUGCCUACGUGCAGUUAGAUAACUUGCCUGGAAUGAGUUUAAUGGCAGGAAAAGCACUCAGCUCUGCUCGGAUGUCUGAUGCCGUCCUCAGCCAGUCGUCGCUGAUGGCCAGUCAGCAGCUGCGCGACAGGGAGAGCGAGGAAUGUGGGGAGAGUUUGGAAGGUCAAGAGCAUCCCAACCUGGGUGAUGGCAACCAGCAUCUAAACACCUCCUGUUACCCGUCGACGUGUAUCACAGACGUCCUGCUGAGCUACAAGCACCCAGAGGUGCCCUUUGGGAUGGAGCAGGCAGGGGUGUAACCCGGAGGGAGUUUUAUGUACAGCUUUGAAACGAAAAGGUCCAUUUUAAACCAACAGUAUCUAGCAGCAUUGCGCCAAAUUGCCGUAGUAUUUCUGACUAACUGGAAUACCAUGGCCCCUUUCCUCGUCAUCACUUCAUCCAGUGUGUUGUUCCUUUGGUUUCUUUAAUUUUUGCCAUAUUUGCCUGUAACUCCAGCUAUCACAGAAAUAACCAGAGAACCUGAGUCCUACACGUCGGCAGAGGAUUCACGGAGCCUGAGCACUGAGUCUGGUUUGGAGGGCUUUGACC